ACAAUAUUCCCUUCCUUGAUCAAAACCCUGACCACAAACUCAACAAUCUCAGCCGUCAAUUUCUUGCCCUCCACAACCAGAGCCUUUCUCGGCUUCCCGCAGAAAGUCAAGAGCACGAGGACGGUUAUCCACGUCACCAUGGUGGCCGGCACGGCCACCGCCAGCGCCGCCACAAUGGACAAAACGCCGAAAGCAACGCCGAGAAGCAGAGAGGCGUACAGCACCAGCCACCCGGACGAGGAAGAAGUAUAUACUGACGUGGACUCGAAUUCGUACCAUGAGAGGACGGAUUUGAGGAGGUUCCAUGAGAGAGAAAAUUGGGAUAAUCUCGAUUUUCUCGAAUUGGGGGUGCGGAGGGUUGUGAUUCUGUGCUGUCUGUUGCCGCCAUGGAUGAAUCUGAUGAGAUUGGGGUUUCCUCAGGCUGCA